GUCUCACUGACCGUCAUCACGAAGCUAUGUAUGCUUAUUAUGUGGCAGCACGUUGGUUUGGACUCGCAAUGGAUGUAAUUUUCUUAGUUUUCUUGACUAUUGUAUCCACAACUGAGUUGUAUUCUGUAACGGACUCCUCUACCGCCGGUAAGUAUAUCAUUACACAUUAAUAUUUUUUUUCUACGCGUAUGCGCAGUAUAACAUUGUCAUCGUGCGAAACUAUGUGUAAGAAUAACUUUGACUAACAAAUAACUGGAUAAUUAUACAUUUUAAUACAGUCGUCCACCAUUAUGAACUAUUCUGCGAUCUGAUUGGUUGAGCUACACUGGGGAAAAAUGUGAAAUCCAUAUAUACUACGAAAUUUGCAAUUGCACCACUAAAUCCAUAGUAUAUCCAUUCUAUAUAUUCAUACCAUGGAAAGUAUACAAUUUUUAUGGAUAACCAAAUCCAUUCUAUUUCCAAUAAAGGUCCAUACAAUUUCCAUUCUAUGACUUUCCAUGGAUUUUCAAAGAUUUUCCGACCAGUGCUACUCGCCCUAUAUAUUGGAUGGUUAUUCUGUGAACUCGAGCCUUACAUGAGCUGACCGAUAGCCAAUUCGUUGCGUAUAUAGAUUACGACUGAACUGACAGACUUGCUUGCAUGGGAAUAUUUGGGCAGUUAAUUGAAACAACUUGCCAUAAUUUUGAUAAACUACUGAUGUUAUUUCUUUUCAUAAUACUUCAAAAAUUACUGAAAACUCGUAAUUUUUUAUAUAAUAUAUUGAAAGCUCUUAGACAGAACAAGAGCUUGUUCAUUUCACAUCUAGAUAUUGACGUUGUUUUCAGUUCAGUUUAAUUUCUUCUAAAAAAUUAUAUGAUAUUUAUGUUUUUAUACCGCUCUUUCUGCAAUAUUUUUUUAGAUUACAUUUUUUAACUACUUCAUGUAUUAAAUAUCUAUUUGUUAACCUGCAGACAAUUAUUGAUAGUACUUUCAAAAUAGCAAGAGUAAGUCCAAUUUAUAAAUCCUGUGACAGAAAGGUGGGAGGUAAUUAUCGAUCUAUUUCUAUGCUCUUGAUAAUUGCAAAACUUUUUGAGAAACUUGUUUGUCCUCAACUCAAUAUGUUUUUAACCGAAAAGAAUAUCCUGACCCCAUGUCAAUCUGGGUUUCGAAAAGGUCAUUAAAAAUUAAUAGUUUCUGAACAUGGAUACAGGGAAAAAACGAUGUCCUUUUCCUUGCUUUAUGCAAAGCAUUUGACACAGUUUAUCAUAAUAUCCAUAUUAAAGAGUUUUUUAUUUACGGAAUUCAAAACAAAUGCCUUGACCGGUUUAAUUAAAUUAAUCGUAUUUGCAUUAAUAGAAAAAAUUCUGCGUGGUCAAUAGUGCAACAUCUUCCUCUAAGAAGGUAAAUUGUGGGGCUCCACAAGGACCAAACCUUGGUCCUCUACUUUUUUAUUUAUGUUAAUGAUCUCCCUAACUGCUUGGAGAACUCACAUGCUGCAAUGUAUGUCGACGACACAAAUAUUACAGCCCGUUCGUCUAGUUUAUGUAAUGUGGAAGACUCCUUAAAUAAUGAAUUAGAAAAUAUUCAUCAAUGGCUUCUUUCAAACAAAUUAACACCAAAAGUGAAAAAAAAACCCAGAAUACAUGAUCAUUGGAACACGUCAAAGUUAAGUAAUCUUUCUCAAAUGGUCCAUUUAAGGCCAAUGUUGAACACUUGGAACGCUAAAGAAAGCCACGACACUAGAAGAAACCGACGUUCCCCUAAGCCUGCUGUUAAGGGAAAUUACGAGGAUACAACGGCGUCGAACAAGGUUGAUAAUUUUUAGCUUGCAUCGGAAAAUGCCAUGACUGACAUGGCGGGAACCAGUGAAGGAACUAACAUUCUCGAUCAUUUUCGAUCGUCGAAGCAACUAUUUGUAGUGUUGAAGCUGUAGCAAAUGGCUGUUGUGUAAACAACAGCAGUAGAAGCUGACUCCGAAGGCGAUGAAGGCCAAGUAUUUGAAACCGGCCAAGGAAGCGACAUAACGUCGUCUCGAGGUAAAGUAGAUUUACGAGUGCGAGAUGACCUGGGAGUUCGUUGCAUCGUGGCGAACGAACAGUUAUCAACUGGCCAGCGGCCAUGCGCCCGCGAUUAUUGAUGAACUUUAAACUUCGCUAUAAUGCUUUCCUUUUCCCGGGUGUAAAAAGUCGUGCGGAAUUAGCGGUACACUCGUCCCGAAAUUACGCCCACGACUGCACAUUGCAGACCGCUAAUGAUCAUUUAAAGCAAAUUAAGAAUAUCGACUCAAACCGUAUACUCUGCAUAUGAACACAUGUGGUCGACACAUGGAGAAUUAUAAAGCUAGUUCAUAACAUGAAAUUUAUAAAAUUUGUAAGAUUGACUUUGGUAACAAUACACCACCAGAUAUUUAUUCUCUAUGAUUAUGGUUGAGACUUCUUGAAAAAAUCCGUUCAUAUCAAAGUCGGCGACCUCCAUGCGAAGGUGUAGAAUUUAGCUCUGAUCUAGCAUCCGAAAAAUUAGCUGAAUCUUUAUCAAGUUUUGUGGAUGAUGAUGCUCAUAGCAUUUGAAAAUUGAACGCAGAGAAUUCCUCAAAUGUUGUAAAUAUCUUAUACGGCUAUUUCUGCUAUAAGAAGAACAAACUUAAAUGGGCUGCUUCACUGGAAGAUCGAAGAAACAGGUGAAAGUACGACUGGCAAUCACAUAUAGCGGCGGUACAUGGAAAUUUGAUAGUGAGGUAUUAUCUGUUACAUGGAAAACAGAAAGUCAUAAUAUCUGUUUCGAAGGCGAAAAGGGCAAGGACGUUAUUAAUUAAACGGAUAACUUCUCUCUUAAAACAAGGCGAGUAUGCUUCAGUGAACACUUAUUCUACCGAAGGCGAAGCUGCCGAAGCAGAACUGAGAACGGUCGAACUUAUAUCGGAUAGUUGCUGCCAGACUUUCAAGCAACCGAACGUAGAAUGCGAGGGAAAUACUAUCAGUCUAGGACCUGUAUAUGAGUUUGUAUGCGUUUCACUUAGCAGAGGUAAUAUCCAUUGUUUUAGGGUAAAAUGACCAUGGCGGUCAACAUGGCAUACAGUACUGCCAAGAAAUAACUUAUCAAAAACCGCGUCCAAGACGCGGGUAUCUUGCGUCCACUGUGCGUCCACGGGCGCCCGCGGGUGCGUCUGUCCUGCGGGCGCCGUGCAUCCGUCGUGCGUCCACUGUGCGUCUGCGGGCGCUUGCGGGUGCGUCCACUGUGCGGGCGCCAUGCGUCCGCUUUGCGUCUGCGGGCGAGGACGCAGCUGAGAAAGAGUUCUCUUCGUAGAUCGUCGGAAAUUAUCGCGUUUCGCUUUUCAUAAACAAACCGUGCGCGUCGGAAAAUAUUCAUGUUAGCGAUUUCACACCACGUUAUUAUGCUUAUACACAAGCGUUACAGACCUAGAUUUUUAUAUUUCUAAUAUUAAACUUACCAUGAAUUUUCAGAAUUUGUGCUUCGUAAAGUUCCUUUUCGUAUUUGAUCUCUACUUUCGCACCUUCGUAUAACGUUUGGUUUAAACCCAGUAUUCUUUAACGUUGCCGGUUGGCAAAAUGCACGCGUAUGGUUUUAUAUCUUCUUCGAAGAAACCCAACAUACGUUUUGGUUGACGAGUAAGCGAUCGAUACCUCAUUUUAUUGGUCUGAUAGUAAUACGGAUUGAGUGCUAUUAGUCUGAGCUCUUCACUUCAGCUUUAGCGAAUUAUACUGCAACUUUGAAAAUCAAGCGAUGAGUCACAGUAAUUCAACCGUGUUGAAACACAAAGACUGUUUCCUGGACAUGUACAGGUAUUCCAUUAAGGGAUUAAGAGAAGUCAUUUAUCCCGAAAUUAUAUGGUAAUUACAAUUUAUAUGACAUAUCACCAUGUGCAUUUACUUUGUUUUGGAAAAAUAACAAAAACUUGUUGCUGUAAAUGAAGUUAUAUAGUGGCUCGUAGUGAUGGUAUUUUAUAUGAAAAAUCAAAAGCACUAUAUAUAUUGUAAAUGAGCAUUUUCGUUUUAAUAUAUACUGACGAGUUGCGGAGACAUAACAUUAUUCAAAUACAGAAUUGCAUAUCAACUAAUCGGCAGUCUUAACUUCUACGAGGUAAGUCAGAAUUUGAGUAGCAAAUGAAUGUGUUGCGAGAUAUAUACUCGUUGUAGUCGUGAUCUCACUGAGUUUAGUAUAUGCGUCUACAUUAUAUUUAUAUAUAGUUUAUGUCUAUUUUACGCUCCAAUAUACAGUCAUAUACGCUUCAAUCGCCACUCAAGUACGUGUGAUUGCAUUGUGAAAGCACUGCGCUUACUGUAGUAUAACGUAUCACAUUAUAAAAUGGUUAUACUAAAUGUAACGCUUAUAGGUUCAAUGAAACUCGUUUUCGGAUUCAACUUUUUAUUCUUUGCUUCUACGAUCAGUGACAGAUUAGUUCGUUUUCCGAUUAUGUUACGACGACUGCGUCCAAGCGGACGCAGUUUUUAACUAGAGACUGGACGCGGGCCCUUUGGAGGCACGACGCGGGCAGAGCAGACGCAAGACGCGGGCGUCGUGGAGGCCGGACGCGGGCGCUCUGGAGGCAGGACGCGGGCAGAGUAGACGCAAGACGCGGGCGCUCUGGAGGCGGGACGCGGGCAGACGCGGGACAAGUUAUUUCUUGGCAGUACUGUAUGUGCCAAAACCUGAGUCCCGGACGAAAGUCUGAAAAUGACCGCGCCCUGAAACGGCAGUGUCUACAUAGCUCUAACUUCCUAAAACAAAAAGCGAUAGUCUUUCUGAAGUCCUUAUAGUGUUUAGAAGGUUUGCUUUUAGGGUGGUCAUUGGAAGAAAAAAUUUGUCUAAGUAUAAUAUUUUGCAAGAAAAUGACCAUGCACCACCCAGGUAAAUUGCUAAUUAUGCAUAAGUAACGAAUAUACCUGACAGAAAUUAAAUAUUCUUAUUUCCUAAAAAAAUUAUCAUGGGGUGAAAAACUAUGCUUAAUUUAAUAUAAAUAUUGUUGAUUUCAUAAGGAUUGUCAAUGUUUACUUUAAAUAUAAUGCAUUUUAUUUCACUUACCCCGAAACACGAUUUCAGCCGUAUUUUGCCGUCUUGUUUGCUUCUUAUCGCCAAAUCUUGCAAAAUAUCAUCUAGUUGUUGUACUUUUACAUAAUGAUAAACGGCUAAAGAAGAUUUCAAAGAAGGUUUUAUCAAGUUUUGAUCCAGAUCAGCGUAUUUUAUCUUCGAUAUUGUGUCCUUCGAUAUUUCGUCAAAUUGCCGCCAUUUUAAUGGCUCGCCGCAUCUCUGCCCGAUAAAUGCCACUUCUUCGUUUUCAUAUGUAUUAGAUCAUACCUAAUUUUAAGAAUUUUUUAUCACUGCACAUUGUUGUGAAAAGUUUAGCCGAGCAGAAUCCACGCCCUCAAAAUUUGUGAACACAUCCUUUUAAUAAUAUCUAACCAAAAGAGAGGCUACAAUUGAAGCCCGGUUUACACUACGCUCAAUUUUUGGUACGGCACGGAUAAAAUUGGUACCCGUACCACUUUUUGGUUCUUGGACUACCUAGUCCAAGAACCAAGAAGUGGUACGGUACCAAAAAUUGAGAGUAGUGUAAACGGGGCUUAGCUAAAUAGGUAGUCCAAGAACCAAAAAAGCGGUACGGGUACCAAUAUUAGCUUUGCCGUACCAAAACUUGAGCGUAGUGUAAACGGGGUAUAUAAAAUUAUUCCAAAAUCAACAUGCACUGCAAAGUGCCCAGGGUCCCCCAGGGAAAUUUGGGGGCCCAGGGUAAAAAUUAAGUCCAUCCUGAUUCCAUCUUCCAACACUAUGUUUAAGAGGAACUGGGGGCAUUCUCCCGGGAAAAUUUUGAGAAUUUAUAUUUAAAGAAAACAAUGACAAUCCUUAUGAAAUCAACAAUAUUUAUACUAAAUUAAGCAUAGUUUUUCACCCCAUGACAAUUUUUUUAGGAAAAAAGAAUAUUUAAUUUCUGCCAGGCAUAUUAGUUAUUUUAUGCAGAAUUAGCAAUUUACCUGGGGUGGUCCAUGGUCAUUUUCUUGUCCCCGAGCCAGCGGCGCGAAGCGCCGUGCGAGGGUACUAAUUCCGCCCGGCUAUUCACACCCAGGUGUUUGAAAACAUAGCGAAGUGCAAAGUUGUUCUCCAUUAUGUGAUGGACGGUCUUCGACGUUAUUGCGCAUGCACGUGCAAUUAUAGCUCGCACUAAAAAAUGGUUUUUAAUUUUGCAAAAAUGUAUUUUGCUAUUUUACAAUGUAUUUUUGCGAUGUAUUUCGCUAUUUAACUGGAAACAAGCCUGCAGUUUUAUGAUGAUCAAUGUGUGAAAGGCAUGCAUAAACUGAUAAACACAAAUUUUGUCGAAGACAAACCAGAUGUUUUCAAUAUAAAUUUAAUCGUUGUCUUAACUCUUGGCUAUCUUGAGUAAGUGUUAUAAACAUUUCAGUAUUAAAAUUACAUACCGUACUUGCUUUGUGUUUUCGAAUUCAUUCAUAUCGGCGAAAUUUUUAUGCCAUUUAACUCAAUAAAUAAUAUAUUUUUAUGCAAGCUGGUAUUUACAUGAAAAUGUAUAAAUGUAGUGAUUUUAAAUACUGUUUAUUUGGGGCAAUUAAUACAGCGUAUCGUGUUUUUAUGCGUGUUUAUAAUGGUCGUUUACCUACUAGCAAAUAUAGCUUCACCAAAAUAUAACUCAAAAACUAGCUUUUGCUUCUUUGAAGCUAAUACAUUUUACCGUAUUUUCGAGGAAACUACUGACUAUACUGUCAACAAAACGAGUGUUUCAGUUUCCCCUGCAGUUCCACGGCAAAGUUUCGAAACGCUUUAAUACCGUUACAUUUUACAUUAACAUUUAGCCGAUUGAAAGCCACAUAACAUAAAACUACAUUCCUUUUAGUAACAAAUUAUAAAAAUCAAUGAUUCUUUUGAUAAAACAUUAUCUCCUAUUAUUUUCUCAUAUUAUGUUCAUGUUACCAUAGCGACUAAUAUUAUGUUGAACAUGGAGUACUUCAUGUUGAAUGGAAUUUCUAUACUCUUCAUCUGUUAAAAAAGGCGAGAGGUUGCUGCUUGCAUGUAUUUCUAGUAAAAUGUUAUACUUAGAUGAAUUUUUCCUUCCAAUGACCACCCCUAAAAGCAACCCCUCUAAACACUACUAGAAACUACAUGCAUGCAGAAACCAUCGCCUUGCUGACAAAACCAUUGUGUUUUCCAAAUAUGAAGUAUCUAUAAAGUUGUUGUCAUGGUAACACGAUAAUUUUUUAAGAAUAUUUUUUCAACUGAAAAAUCGCCUAAAAAUAUCACUUUUAAUUACAAAAUUAUCAAUUUCCCAACAUACAUAUGUUAGGCAUGUUAUUAUCUCCGAGCCGACGGCGCGAAGCGCCAUGCGAGGGUACUAAUUCCCCCCGUUAUUUACACCCGGGGAAACGAAAGCAUUAGCGAAGUCUAAAGUUCAUCAAAUAACGCGGACGCAUGGCUCACCGUUCAUCGUUCAUGGGUGGGCAUCCUCACUGAUCUCAGAAAUAUGGCGGACUGUCAUGAAUAGCGGACACUGAUUGGUCCAGUUUAAAGCUUGCAUUAUAACAACUGCAUGACGACAGCGAAAUAGCAAAUAUUUCUUGAUUUGAUGAUUGAUGUCUGAUGAAUUUUUUGCUCACAUUUUUGCAAGAUUUUGUAAAUUUCAAAAGUUUUCUCAUAAAGAAAGGGCGAAAGAAUCGGCUAAAAGAAGGGAGCCGACGUUAGCGAAGGUAAGUUUGUUUUAAAUAUUGAUUUUAUAAUGGAUUUAAAACCCGUCGGCCUUUGCGUAUAUGAAACAACUAAACAAGACAGCAUAUAAUUGCAGUAUAUCUUUAAUAUUGAUUCCCUUUUUUAUUAUAUUGAAUUUUUUAAAUAAAUAAAAAAGAAAGCAAAGUUAUUUGUAAGCGAGAAUUUGAAAUCAUUUUAUUGCAAACUCAAAGUUUAUCGAUAAAGCCAUUUAAUUAAAGGCAGUUUAGUUUUAUAAAGAACAUUUUAAUUAAAACGUUUUGCGAAGCGUUUGUGGUUGAAUUUUAUCUUAAAUUGAAGCUUAUAUUACGUACAAUAACAUAUCUAACAUAUAUAUGCUGGGAAAUUGAUAAUUUUGUAAUUAAAAGUGAUAUUUUUAGGCGAUUUGUAAGAAUAUUCUUAAAAAAUUAUCGUGUUACCAUGACAACUACUCUAGAUACUUCAUGUUCGGAAAAUACAAUGGUUUUGACAACAAGGCGAGGGUUUCUGCAUGCAUGUAUUUUCUAGUACGUAAUAUAAGCUUCAAUUUAAGGUAAAAUUCAAGCACAAACGCUUCGCAAAACGUUCUAAAUUAAAGUGCUCUUUAUAUAGUCAGGCAGAUAGAGGGAAAAACACUCACCAAUCGAGGGGCAAUUUUGUUUUAUGAUAGGAAUGUUCUUCUAAACUUCCUAAAUACAUUUCCGGAUGUUGGCCGGUCCAAUUUUUCUUGUGGGGCUUGUCCAACAAGCAUUUCUGUGAUCAUCGAUCGAUUUUUACAAAACGCCAUUUUGUUUACUUGUUUUUCGCGGGAAGAAACGAGCCCUCGGUGUUUUUGUCCAGCGGCAGCUUAGAUACUUCAAGUAUGAUAAAUAAAACGCCAGAAGCGUUUCCACAGUAAGAACUUCCAAUCAGGAGAAAUUACUUUAGAAAUUAACACAAAAAGAUGUAAAUUUUGGAAUUAUUUUUAAAGCAAAAAUAUAGAAAGUCAUGCAGAUAGAAGGAAAAACACUAACCAAUCGCGGGGCAAUUUCAUUUCACUUGAAAUUGUUCAUUUCAAUGUGCUAAACACAAAUCCGGAUGUUGGCCGUGGCGCCAUGCUCAUUUUUCUUAAGAGCCUCAGCACGGUGGUAAACGAGAAGAUUAUUCAAUUGGGGAGCGGUCAUAAAGUAUGUGUACUGGGGGGUGGGGGGUGGAUGGUAUUCCAAAAUACUACCAUAAAAUUUGGCACUUGCCGAAACGCAUCGGAAAAUAUUUAAUACCCCCCUCCUUUCCAAGGAGAUGAAAUGUUUGGUCCCCCCCCCCCUCCCGCACACCCAACCAAUCACCUUUUCCCCAAAAACAUGAAACAAAUAAAAUUCUAAGAACAUAACUGUUUUGCAAAUUAUUGCAAUCCAUUGCCUGUAUUGAAAUAUUUAGCGUAGUUAAUACUAUUAAUAUGCCCUUGGUGAACAUCUGGGUCAGAUCUAGAAAAAAGGGAAAACAUUACUCGAAAUCUUAAUUGCAAUUUUUGUAGAAAAACGCUCAAAACAACAAUCAUUCACUAAAAAAUUGUGAAACAAACAAAUUACUCACGAAAUUAUUUGCUCUCCAGUUAGUUGCAACCAUUCCAGAUCUUGUUGUAGUGAAUAUUGCCUCGACAUUUUCAUCGUCAGAAGCAUCUCAGCUCCCUCAUUCCAUCUCUCCUUCAUCUUCCGAGGAUUCGAAACUUGAUGGUGCAACUGUUGCGUCUAGGACAAUAUCGAUAUCACUGUUGUCCGACUUUUAGCCAAUUCUCCCUCAUCUUGGUCAAAGUCAUCUGGCUGAGGUGGGGCCUGAAGUGUGAAUGAGGUAUUACCUAUGGGAACUAAUAAGUGACAAUUUCGCCUUCAUUUUCAAUUUAAGGGAUUUGCAGAAAUUGUAAUGAUUUAGGUACUUGUCGAGUUCAUUCACUUUCAGUUUCUAAGAGCUCCAUCUUCAAAUAAUCUCUCCCAAUCAUAAUCCUCAAACGUUUUUUCUUGGUUCUUCAACUGAAUCUUUCUUACAUCUGCUCUUUUCUUUUGUUUACCUUUAAAUGCUCCACAUACUUUCUUCGCCAACUCCUUUUCACAUGUAAAUGGCUUGCAAAAGUGUUCAAACUCAUCCUCUGUGCUCAGCUUUCCUUGUUUCCUGAAAAUCAUCAACAGUACGGGGCUUUCCGUCGAUUUCAAGUUUGGUAUAAAAAACACUCUUAUAAUGUAGACCAUGUGCAGAGUAGUCCGGCAUUGGUUUAGGGAUUUUUGUGCAUUUUGAACCCACCCAGUCUGAUUCAGAACAGAAUGCACAAGGUGACUGUGCAGACUGUGUCUAACAUACUCAAAAUAUUUCUCUCCAAUUUCGAAGUGAUUUUCCGUGAAAGCUAGGACUUUCUUGAAGUAGUGAUAACCUGGCAUAGACUUUAUAUCCCUCUUUGUUACACUACUGUAAAAAACUCCGUCAGACGCAGAUGAUCAUUAAAGAAAAGGUCCUCGUUCUUCUGUGAGGUGUAGGCCUUCAUGUAUCCAUCCGGGGCAGGAGCUCCAUCAAUCCGACAUGUAAGAUCGUCACAUACCUUAAAGGCGUUAUAACCCAUCCGUUUAAGUUCAUAGUCCUCAAUUUCAGCAAGCGUCAUCUGUUCUAUAUGUUCAUUUGUAAGUCCUUCGUACUAAUGUUGGUAUUCCCAUUCGAAUGGACCCCAUCACAAACUAAUAGAUUCCGAUCGAUCGAGACAUUUUCAUAAAUACUACUGUGCUACAUUGCAAAUUAUUAGGAACAUAAAAAUAUAAGUAUAUUGCAUUAUAAAAGUCUGUAGUUUUAUUAAUCAUAGACAAAGUAUUCCGACUCAUGUUUUGUUAAGUACCCCCCAUGCAAGGGCGUCAAUCCAUUCCAAAAAGUGGGGGGACGGACUCCAAACUAGGAAAGUCUGGAGGUAUGCUACAGGAGUGUUGAUGAUUUUCAGCCAAGAAAGAAUGCAAAGGAUUUCUUCGAACAAGGAAAGCUGAGCAUAGACGAUGAGUUUGAACACUUUUGCAAGACAUUUACAUGUGAAAAGGAGUCGGCGAAGAAAUAUGUGGAGCAUUUAGAGAUAAACAAAAAGAAAAAAGCAGAUGUAAGAAAGAUUCAGUUGAAGGACAAAGAAAAAAACGUUUGAGGAUUAUGAUUGGGAGAGAUUAUUUGAAGACGGAGCUCUUAGAAACUGAAAGUGAAUGAACUGGACAAGUACCUAAAUUAUUACAAUUUCUGCAAAUCCCUUAAAUUGAAAAAGAAAGAGAAAUUGACACUUAUUAGUUCCCAUAGGUAAUACCUCAUUAACACUUCAGGCCCCACCUCAGCCAGAUGAAUUUGACCAAGAUGAGGGAGAAUUGUGUAAAAGUCGGACAACAGUGAUAUCAGUGCCUUUUUUAACUAUAUAUCUGGGGGGGGGGCAAUUGCCCCCCCAGGGAAAAAAAUUGCCCCCCACAGUAAAGCCAUUUCUGCCCCCGAAGUGCGAAGCAGAAAUGCUCAUGAUUGCUGUCAGAAUUGCAGUUGAUUUACUUGAUAAUGAGAUUAUGCCCCUUCCAUAGCCUCCUCCACAGCCAUCUUGUGUGUAAUUCAUAUUGUUCUUCACCGAGUAUUUCAUAAUAGCGAUAGAUUUCAUGCAAACAAUCCGAUAAAAUGCUGGUUCCAAGAAGAAUAGAUUUAGUUUAGAUUUUUAACUGUUAAAUACAUGUAUGCAUCAUCAUGCAUAGCAUGAAUAUUUCUUCUCAGAUUUAUUCUGUAUCGUAUGAAAAAGCAACGCAAUUUUGAGAAUGCGGAAAUGGUGUCUCAUAGAACCUAAAAUGAUUUAAAUGCAACAUUUCUGAUCAAAAUCACAUUGGGAUUUUCUCCCCCCCCCCCAGCAUCACAGAGAGGAAAUAAGGUGACACUGACCCCUCCUCCUAUUUUUCAAGGUGACUUUUCCAAUUUAUUUAAUUCCGAGUAGAAAUGUCUGGAAAAAUUCAUGUCUUCGAUGUACUUUAUAAUCUUCGAACUCUUCGGAAUUUCACUCCCAAAAUGCUUGAAAUCGCAAUUCAGGGACCCUAGAUUUCAAAAUUUUCCCCGGGUGUGCAUGCUCCGGGACCCUCCUAGACGGUCUCGUGCCUUUGGCGUGAGGUUCGCCUCCCCCCCCCCAAAAAAAUUAAGGUCUGGCUACGCCACUGGUUAUAGCGAUUAUAGCUACAAAGAGUUGAAGUUAUUGUUUAUUUAGGUGAAGUUAAUAAAUUAAAGUUUUACAAAAUCUCUCUUCAGACUCGCGCGUUCGCCAAACCUCGACGGCUCAUAUUUUUCGUUCUGCCUUUUUUUCCUGUUUUGCCCCCCCAGUGAAAAUUCCUUAAAAAAGGCACUGAGUGAUAUCGAUAUUGUCCUACACGCAACAGCUGCGCCAUCAAGUUCCGAAUCCUCGAAAGAUGAAGGAGAGAUAGAAUGGGGGAGCUGCGAUGCUUCUGACGAUGAAGAUGUCGAGGCAAUAUUCACUACAACAAGAUCUGGAGAGCAGUAAUUUCGUGAGUAAUUUGUUUGUUUCACAAUUUUUUAGUGAAUGAUUGGUGGUUUGAGCAUUUUUCUAUAAAAAUUGCUAUUAAGAUUUCGAGUAAUGUUUUUUCCCUUUUUUCUAGAUCUGACCCGGGUGUUCACCAAGGGCAUAUUAAUAGUAUUAACUGCGCUAAAUAUUUCAAUACAGGCAAUGGAUUGCAAUAUUUUGCAAAACUGUUAUUUUCUUAGAGUUUAUUUGUUUUAUGUUUUUGGGGAGACGGUGAUUGGUUGGGUGUGCGGGAGGACGGAGGGGACGAAACAUUUCAUCUCCUUUGGCUUUGAGAGGAGGGGGGUAUUAAAUAUUUUCCGAUGCGUUUCGGCGAGUGCCAAAUUUUAUGGUAGUAUUUUGGAAUACCAUCCACAUCCCCAGUACACAUACUUUAUGACCGCUCCCUAAUUGAAUAGUCUUCUCGUUUACCACCGUGCUGAGGCUCUUAAGAAAAAUGAGCAUGGCGCCACGGCCAACAUCUGGAUUUGUGUUCAGCACACUGAAAUGAACAAAUUCAAGUGAAAUGAAAUUGCCCCGCGAUUGGUUAGUGUUUUUCCUUCUAUCUGAAUGACUUUCUAUAUUUUUGUCCUAAAAAUAAUUCCAAAAUUUACAUCUUUUUGUAUUAAUUUCUAAAGUAAUUUCUCCUGAUUGGCAGUUCGUACUGUGGAAACGAUUCUGGCGUUUUAUUUAUCAUACUUGAAGUAUCUAAGCUGCCACUGGACAGAAACACCGAGGGCUCGUUUCUUCGCGCGAAAAACAUAAACAAAAUGGCGUUUUGUAAAAAUCGAUCGAUGAUCACAGAAAAGCUUGUUGGACAAGCCCCACAAGAAAAAUUGGACCGGACAACAUCCGGAAAUGUGUGUUAGGUGGUUGAGAAGAACAUUUCUAUCAUAAAAGGAAAUUGUCCCUCGAUCGGUGAGUAAACACUUAUAUUUCGACCUCUAUCUGCCUGACUAAUAUUAUUAAACGGCCUUUAAUAAUUAAAUGUCUUUAUAUCGAUAAACUUUGAGUUUGCAAUAAAAUGAUUUCAAAUUCUCGCAUGCAAAUAACAUUGCUUUCUUUUUUAUCUAAAAAAUUCAAUAUAAUAAAAAAGGGAAUCAAUAUUAAUAAUACACUGAAAUUAUAUGCUGCUUUGUUUAGCUGUUUCAUAUACACAAAGGGCCAAAGGGCCGAUUCUUUCGCCCUUUCUUUCUGAGAAAGCUUUUGAAAUUUACAAAAUCUUGCAAAAAUGCGAGCAAAAAUGAAAUAUAUUUCCACGAAAUUUAUCAAUCAUCAAAUCAAGAAAUGUUUGCUAUUUCGCUGUCGUCAUUCAGUCGCUAUAAUGCAAACUUUAAAUUGGACCAAUCAGUGUCCGCUAUUCAUGACAGUCCGCCAUAUUUUUGAGAUCAGUGAGGAUGACCACCCACCGAAUCACUCACGGUAACCCACUCCCGCGCUCAUUGAUGAACUUUAGACUUGGCUAAUGCUUUCGUUUCCCCGGGUGUAAAUAGCCGGGGGGAAUUAGUACACUCGCACGGCGCUUCGCGCCGUCGGCUCGGGAAUAUGCACUUCAGAAAGACUAUCGCCUUUUGUUUUCGGAAGUUAGAGCUAUGUCGUUUCAGGGCGGGGUCAUUUUCAGGACUUUCGUCCGGAUUCAGGUUGUGGCACAUAUUCCAUGUUGUCCGUCAUGGUCAUUUUACCCUAAAACAGUUGAGAUUAUCUGUGCUAAAUGAAACGCAUACAAACUCAUAUACAGGUCCUAGAUUAUAUGGAGAAUGGCGAUGUGAUGCAAGAGCAGGUUAGUAUCACCUCGACUGAAUACCACGAGAAGAACGAUGGAGUUAGGACAUCUCCUCAAUAUAUAAACACAAGCUCUCAGAUAAUCGUUAAUGAAUGCCCUGGUUCUCUUCAAAUUAAUCCCCCUGGUGCUGAAUUUGUGCCUCAUUGGGCUGUAUUUGUGCCUCAUUCGGCUGACUUUGUGCCUCAUUGGACUGUAUUUGUGCCUCACUGGGCUAUAUGUGUGCCUGAAAAUCAUUCGACCAUUGGACAACAGUCGAUAAUUCAUUGAUUGACUAAUAUCUCUCACGUGCAAUCAGACCAUUUUCAAAAUCAUUUCGAUACAUAAUUACCGUCUCCUUGCAAUAAAACACUGUCUAUUGUAAUCGAGUUAGAACCCAAUGAGAAACAAAAUGAUGAAACAAUUUGGUAUAUAAACUAUGGAAAAAAACGUCAAGGUUCAAUUAUUACAAAUAAGCAUGAAGUUGGAGCUCCCUAUGUUAACUUUGGUUCAGCUUUGAUGAUUACUUUUAAGGAUGCUAUUUUGAUAUUAGAUGGAAUACUAGCCCAAAGGUCGUAGGUUCUAUUCCCACCGUGGCCGGGCAUGUUUUUCAAGCUCGCCCGGUGUGGAUAUACACUCAGAAUAACAUCACAAACAUCAUAUUCACCUGAGUACACAAGACCAACACAGAAAAAAAUCAUAUUACUAGAUUACAUUGGUAUCGAAGGAACUAUAGAUUCUGUUCCGAAAUAUCACUUACUAGUAUUCCGAAGAUCGUAGGUUCGAUUCCCACCGUGGGCGGCCAUAUUUUUCAAGCUCGCCCGUUGUGGAUAUACACUCAGAGUAACAUCACAAACAUCAUAUUCACCUGAGUACUCAACACCAACACAGAAAAAAUACAAUGUCGUUUGGCUUUCAAAGACAAAGGCCAAAAAUCGCUAGAAUCUGUUGUUUAGUAAUACAUUUGACAUCCGUGAGUACAAUUUCCUACGCUGAAACGGUGGUAUUUUUAUUUUUUUUGCACCAUUAGGCCUUAAUACAAAUACAAAUACAAACCUACUCAUGCUAUGUCAAUGAUGAGCGAUUUUCGACAAUACGUAUAUACUGCGAGCGAUUUGUCAACAAUACAAUUUCGCUUGAUUUUCAAAGGCCAUAAAUCGCUAGAAUACUGUUGCUGUUGUUUACUAAUACAUUUGACAUCCGUAAAUACAAUUUAUCCUUUUUGCGCCAUUACUCCAUUAGGCAGUUUUCACGUUUCCAAGGCCAACUAUUACGGACUGUUGUUGUGUACAUUUUGCAUUGAUAUGACACCAAUAUGCUUCUCCUAAAGUAGUUAUCUAUUAAAACUACGUUGUGUAGUUUAUUAAUUUAUAACAUUUUACCUUGAAAUUGUCUUUGGCUCGUUUAUAUUCAGAUUCAGUACGCUAUAUUUAUAUGACUAUUGUGCACGGGAAUUCAAAUAUCCAAAUUUCGGAUUUUGAGAGUCGUGCACCAAGAAAAAUGCAUUAACUAAACUAGCAAAAAUUCCCAGAGUUAGACACAAUGCAAAAUCCAUAGAAAACAGGUAUAAUUCGUUGAAAAUGUUAACGAAAUUCUAUGAAACAUUUUGCCCACUCCACGAAAGGCCGCCAUUUUGAAAAAUACAAAUUGUUUUAUUAGGAAGCUCAUUAAUAUUCUAUUUUGUGGCUGUCAACGACGAUCGGAAAUCCGAUAUCUGACAUCCACCAAAAAUGUGUGCAGAAACCUAUAGUCGCCUGGGCACAGGUGCCCCAGCGAGUAAAAAGGGUAGCAGGGUUAUCAGCAAGAAUUAUAGUAAUUAUUUUAAACAUCAUAAUUGGAAUACAGCAAGGCCAGAUGCACAAUUAAAUCCAGACUUUCCUAAUGUUAAAGGUUUUAAAGUGAGUAUGGAUAAUUGCUGCCGCAGCGAGCUAGCCUGAAGCGAGCGAGCAAGGCAGCAGAUCCUAAUUUUGUUUUGUGGGUCGAAAUCAAAAUUUUCUAUUUGGCGCAUUGCAUGACGGUACCAGUGAAUUUUAACCGUGGUGCAGCGCGGUCAGGCAUAAGGCAAACAGGCAAUGUGGUCAUGUUUCAUCUUUGGUCUUCUUUUAUGGAAAGCCAUAGCAGCAUAGCUGGCUUAAAGUGAUCAAACGGCAUUUUGUUGUGUGCUUUUAGCAUUAUACGGCGGUGCUUUUGGCAUAAUAUCAACUGAAGUGCCUUCGAUUGUGCUUUUCCGUAAACUGAACUGGAUACCUAUUUUUAAUUUGAUAAAAAUGAGAAAAAUAUUAUUGGUAUUCAAUACUUUAAAAACAUCUUGGCCGCCGGAUCUUCGUAAAUUGUUUGUCUUUGUUCGCGACUCUCAUCCAAUUCCAACUAGGUCGUCUAUUACAGACUUAAAAGUUCCAUCAGUUAAGACUACGCAAGCAAAAUCCAAAAUUUCCUUCAGUGGUGCAAGUUUAUUUAAUUCCCUACCUUCCGAAUUAAAAGAUAUUGAAAAUCAUUCAAUUUAUUCCUAUAAAAAGAAGCUCAAAACCUACUUUAUUCAAUUGAAUUAUGAAGUAGAUCACGUUAAUAAAUUCCGCUGCAUCGAUUGUAAGCAUAUUACUCAUUGUCAAUGUUACUUUCAAUAGGAUUUUCUUUUUAUAUAUUACUAUUAGAUAUCGAGGACCAUUGGGAAGAAUACUAUAUUAAGUAAUCAGUGUAAUCCCUCAUUAAAUAAAGUUUUAUUAUUAUUAUUAUUAUUAUACACGGUGCUUUCGCCAUUAUACGCGGUGGUUCCAGUAUUAUACGCGGUGCUUUCACCAUUUAUAUACGCGAUGCUGUUGCAAUUAUACGCCGUGGUUCGAGCACUAUAUGCGGUGCUUUUAAUAUUAUACGCAAUGCUAGCUUUCAUUCAACAUUAUUUCCAUAUUCUUUCCAUGAUAUGUAUAUGAUUUAACGAUUGCUUAAAUUUGGUAUGUGCAUGGUUGACAAAUGCUUUUUGCCUAUGGUCUGCAAGGACAAUGACAUGCUUUUCUGUGUACAUACAUGUAAAUGAGUAUAACGCAGCGAAUGCGCCAAACAGUAUAAACGCGGCUGAAAUACGAUAUUAAAAUCUUAAAUGUGCCGUAUGAUUUAAUUAUGUUUUAGGAUUUACAAAUGCUUUGUCAUUUGUAUUUAUACUUGUACUGCAUCACAAGGCAGUACGUAUACUGUAAGUGAAAAAACUCCACAUGAGAAAUUAUCUUGUAUAUAUUUUUGCUUUCUUUGAUAAACACUAUUAAAUUAAACACGCAAAUUUUAAUUAGUGAGACGCAAUGUUAAAUGUCACCUGCAUGUCAUUGUCAUUGCCCUUUAACCCCUGGUCUAAUUGGCCGCUUUUGAAAAUAUUGAUCAUGACGAACCGCACUGCCUUAAUUAAAUGCAAACUUUGUGUUUUAAAACCGGGUUAGGAUAAAACGCGGAUACGGACGGACGGAUGAAUGACGGACGGACCGGACGGAUGACAUAUAUAUGUCGUUAUAUAGUCUGCGCGCAGCCGCGCAGGGUAGUUAGUGCCUUACGUCUUUGCUGGUUGUUAUACUUUAAAAUAAUUUUGUAUGUACCGAGAAAUCAAUAUUCCGAGUAUAUAAAUAUAUAAACUGGGAUGUCACACUGAUAGCUUGUUUACAUUUCCUGGAGCAUCAUGAAAUCUUAUGUUUAACCACGGUGGUUUAACCCAUUAGCUGGCAAUGCGCCCUUCCCUUGUCGAGCGCCAGACGAUUUUACUCGUUAGUGGUAUAGGGUACUGCCAGUAAAUGGGUUAACAAACCUAUCUGCCAAUGGCUCUUGUUAAUUCAUCAGCACAGUAAUGAGGGGUACUUUAGUAUUUACCCUGUCCAACGCCAGACGAUUUUUAAUACUCAGUCAGUGGUAGGGUACUGUCAAUAAAUGGGUUAACAAGGAUAACAAUAAUUAGCCUGCAUGGCAGGCGGUAUUUCCCAGGCUUGCCCAAUUUUAGGAACCGCCUGCCAUGCAGGCUAAACAAUAAUAGGAUGUUUCUGAAGGACUCGUUCAACACCCUGUAGUUUGUCUUUUGCUGUCAAAGGCAGCAUUACUGCCCUGUGGGUAACCUAGUAUAGCUUGUUUAGCUAAGCAUACUGAAGAAAUAAAAAUCUUAUUGGCAAUGUCUCGAUCGAUAUCAAUUGCUUUGAAUGAGACAGGAUUGGUUGACAAUGUUAGCACAAAAUAAAUAAUAAGACCAGAAGUCUCACUCAAGCGGAAACAUGUCCCAUCUUUUAUACUGCGCAUGCGCGAGCUAAACAAGUGUAAUGCAGUGUUGGCAAUAGAAAAUUAUAUUGGGAAGUUGUCAUUUCUACAGUAAAAACAGCUUUUUUUCAAGUAGUACGAACUGUGACUUCGAUUUAUCUGUGGAACUAUUUGAACAGAAGGUAAAGCAGUAAUUUUGUUGUAUUUAGAAAGCAAACAGGGUCAUAUUUUUUAAAAUAUAGCGCACUGAAUAUAAAUUUGAGCAUCAUUAAAAUGUGUUCGCUAUGAUGCCAUUUUGUCUCCGGUAUAUGCGGAGUUCUGCUUUUAUACUUGUGGAUAUUCGAAUUUAUUUGGCUCAAAAACACCAUUACUUCAAUAUCCCUUUCUUGUUUUUCCUUGGAUAGGUUUUAACAAGAUAGAACUCUAGAUCACUUGGGUCCAAAGACGCUAGAUUAUAAAAUCCUGAUGUGACUUGUAUUCAUACUACAAAUAGAAUAUGUCUUAUGAUUUAAUACUACAAAUAGAAUGUCUUUUAAGUACAAACUUCAAUGAAUUGAUAAAGUGUAAGGAUAGUGUUUAAAGUCGCUUCAUGUGUAGAAGCUGAAUUACUUUAGUUUAUACACUGUAUAUUGUCGAGAUCACAUGUUGAUAUGACUUACUAGCAACUUGCAAUAAGUGGUCUGUUCUGCUUGUUUUUAAUACUUUAGAGUUUGGACAUUAGAACAUUGUAAUUGCUUGACAGAGGAUGAUUUCUCUUGUGUUUAUUUGAGAAAAUUUCAUCCCGCUUACCGGGACAAUUUUGUUGUUUUGACAUUAUUUUGACAGUUGUUAAAAAUAGCUUGCGGCAGUAUCUUUGAACUUUCAUCCCGGCAACCGGGCUAGCCUGCUUAUGAUUGUUUAUGUGGAGAAAUUUCCAUCCUGGUCUUGGCAACCGGGCCUGCCCGCUUGUCCAUAGAAAUGAUAAUUUUUACUAUAAAAAUAACUAGACAGCGAGAUCUCACUUACCGGGCUGUCUCACUUAGUGGGCCAGCCAGUUUCGAUAUAAACAGGCCCUUAGACAACUGCUAAAAGCUGCAAGUUUCUUUAAAGCAAUAUCAUCUAUAUCACAGAACACAGUUUCUGUAGUGACAUACUUCGUGUUUUUUCUGUCUUUUAAGUGAUGUCUUAUGUUUGUAAUAUUUUUGUACAAUACCUUUUUGAAAUUGUUGAUACUGGUCUCAUUGUCACUCAGUUAUUCCUUCUCAAGAAAAAUAAAAAAAUAAAGCUGUGUGGGUGUGUUUUUGCUCUAGCUAGUUUUCACAUUUACAUGGUUCAUGUACAAUUAAUGUACAUUUAAAUUAGCUUUGUUCAAUGAAUACAGGUGUGAUUCAAAUAUCAUUCCUGUCAGGUACUUGGGUCAAAUAGACAUAAGCAUAUCAAAUCAUGCUGUGAAUUGAAAUACAAGUAUAGGGUGUGUAUUGCUUAAUAAAUAUAUUUUCCAGUUAACACAGUAAGCUGCAUUGUGCCCCAAUGCACCCUACUUUACUAGUUUAUUUCACUUCAUCUAAUGCCAGAUGAUUUUACUUAUCGAGGGAGAGUGCUGCUGCUCAUUGAGCUCUGAUUGAGUUCACUGAGUGGCACCACUUUCCCCUUGAUGAGUGAAAUUGUCUGGCGUUAGACAUAUAAAAUAAUCUUGCGUUCAAUCAAGCAGCUACUUUAUUUUCAAAAGCUCAACCAGGCUAAAGAUUCUUUGAUUUGAAAACCAAAGUGAUAGUGAACUAGUUAGUUGAAACAAACAGAAUUGUUUGAUUUAUUUACUUUCUACAACAUUGACAAUUAAAAUUUAAUUUGAUACUUUUCCAGUAUAUUGACAUUAUAUAGGUUCAGAUUUGACUACCAUUACCAUUAAGGGACCAUCAACCAAUCAAAUGCAUUUGAUAUAUUCGAUCAACCAUUAUAAUGAAAGUGUGAGUUUAUUCAUAAACUAAUUAUAAAUCAACUUCCAUGCAAUGCUUCAUGCAAUCAUCUAGUUAUGCACCAGUCAAUGUAAAUCCCUGCCCCCAACCGGGGAGGGGCGAGAGGUUUAGCGGGGAAAGUGGUCAGUUUUGAUUAUAAAUUUGUCCCCGAUGAUGGGAGACUUGGACGGUGGUUAACAUAUAUAUCCUGUGUUGCUGUGUUAGUUUUCUUGACAAAAAAAGUUUAAAUACAACAACAUAAAUGAAUUUGAUUUUCUAUUGCUGAUCUAUGAUUAUACAAAACUAUUUUCCUGGGGUUGAGAGACAUGCAGGGGACAUUGAUGUCCCUGGGGGCGGGGACAAUUUUGCUCUUUUACUACCCCUCCAAGUCAAAAUCCCUGCCCCUCCCCGGUUGGGGGGUUUACAUUGACUGGUGCAUUAAUUAAAGAAGUGUCAGUGCCACAUAUGUAGUAAAAGCCAACUUGUCAGUAAAGGCCACAGAGCGAGAUUGUAUUUCAAAGACUGCCAGUGACAAAAACAAUUGAUAGUCCUGAAAUAGAGUAUGCCAACAGUUAGUAUACUGCAAAUAACUAUUCUAUCAACAAGAUAAUGUGUGUGUUUUACAAGUGUUUUUUAUAUAUCAAUCCAAUGGCAUGUAACCUAAAAUUCAGCAGUGUCUGUGUAAUGAAAUACACCCUUACUUCUCAAUGGCCAAAUUAACUAUACUACAUUGUGUGUAAUAAUAUAUGGACUGGUUCAAAAAUAUAUUGAAUUUAUAUAAUAAUAGUGAACUAUUGAUGUAGAGAUUAUGCCAAGUAUAGAAUGGCACAAGGAUUUUCAUGUUAUCAGCAUGAUUAAAUCGUGAGAUUGUGCAAAUAAUCUGUGUAAAUCUCUUAGAGAUAUCCUCAGUAGCUACAUUUUAAGGUAAAAUGACUAUGGUAAAGCUAUUCAAGGCAAAAAAGCAAUGGAUCUGUCAACCUCGUUGUCAACAGUAUAAAAUUUCGCUAAGUUUAUGAUCCAUUUAUUGUCGUAUUUUAGCUGAGAAUUCAUUUAAGACAAUGCAAUACGAGAGACUUACCUUUGAAUUUAUCAUAUAUUCUUUUAAAAUGGUCACCAAAGCUCUAAAACUCGAUUGGUAUCGUUUUAACUUUCUCACUCCUUAAUGUUUACAUGUAAAUUUGUCAAAUUACACUUGUUUAGGGCACUGGAAACGAGACACGGCCAAGAUGCGCGAGGCGACAUGCGCGGGGACAUCAACAUCAAAGAUUCCGACAUCGAGUAAGACUUCUGGUCUUAUUAUUUAUUUUGUGAUGUUAGUAAUCAGGAUAUACUUCUAGAUAAUUAUCAUUUAAUUAGGUCUGAUCGUUCUAGAAAAGGGGCAGGCGUCUGUAUAUAGGUUAAAAAUUCUCUUAGCUUUUUCGAACGAAAAUAUUUGACCAGAGAUAAUCUUCAGGCUGUUUUCAUCGAGAUUCAUAAACCUUCUAGUGCAUCCUUUAUUGUCCGAACAAUCUAUAGACCUCCAAGUGUUUCGGUCGACUCAUUUUCUGCAAUAGAACAAUUAGUGAAACUAAUUGACGACGAGGUUAAGGAAUUCUACUUACUUGACGAUUUAAACGCCAACAUGCUAAUCAUUUCAAAUAAUGCCACGAAGAACUCUACUACAUAUUAUGCAAGUUAACAAAUGUUGCAGUUCGUUGUUGUUUCGUUAUAUUCAGAAGUCACAUUAAAAAAGCCAACAGUUUUUAAAUUCAACCUACUUUGGCAACAUUGGCAAAUGUCUUCAAAGUUUACUGCCGACGAGGCUUCUGCACACGAAGUCCAAUCUCCAUUUACCCCAGUAUCCCAGCAGUAUUUUCUAAUUGAUGACCAAAAAUUCUCUUCGUCUCUUCAAUUUUUCUUUGCAUAUAUUCAAUAAAAAACAACUUGAUCAAAUUUUCUCACCACGAAAGUUCCUGACUUGCCUCCAGUUUACCUGGACAGUCUCAGGUUUUCCUGGAAGGCGCUCCGAAAUCAAUGAUACCAUUGUUGUACAGAGAUUCUUAUACGAAAACGUUUGCGAUGAAUAUAAAAUUCUAUUAUCAAUGUUGUUAUUAUCUAUUUAUAAUAUUAUUGGUAUUAGUAUCAAAAUGUUGUCAUUCUAAUGAUCUUCAAACCCUUAUGUUGUUAUUUAUAUGAUAACUAUAUCACCAUAUUGUUAUUUUAAUAAAAUCGAUAUCACUAAGUAACAUUAAUGAUAUAUUCGUCGCUAAUUGUUGUUAAUGACUCUAGUUAAUGACUUUUUAUUGUGACUUUAAUCCUCCUAUUGUUACGUCAUUGGCGGCCCCCUAUAGCCACCAUAUACUCAGUGCAUUGUAUUCAUGUGUCUAGCGGCUAUUAAGCAAGUACAUAUUUCCGUAUUUUCAAGCAAACAAUAAUAUCAUUUAAACGUUACCAUGAAAACCAUUAUUGUUUUAAGUAUGAAAUUCUUGAUAUGGAAUUUAUAUUCUUCAUCUAUUGGGAAACCUGAGGGGUUGCUUGAAUCCUUCUAUUUCUAGUGUGGAAAUUUCCUGUCAACUCAAUGGCUGAACAAAUACAUGCAGAGUUUUGAUAUAAUAUUCAAAUGAGUGACGUCAUAAUAUUGAUACAAAAAAUCAUACUCAACGCUAUGACGUCAUAUUAUUGAUAACAAAAAUCGUAUUCAACGUGAUGUCGUCAUACUGUGGGAAUGCGAACACAAACUCUGGAAACACCACCAAAACAAUAUGUCAUCACCUGUUCGCAGAAUAAUAGGGAACUGUUUUUUAAGUUAUAUAAUCAACGAAAACAGCCAUGAAAGGUUUUAAAACAUCUUAUCGGACUUGAAAAAGAAAAAUGGAAAAAUAUUAGGCUAAUAGGAAAAGGAGCUAGUUAUUAUUUCGAGGAAUUGAAUCAACAGGUGCUGAUUUCUUUGAAAUAAAUAUUCAUUGAAACUAUUAGUGCAUUUGGUUUUCACAAAAUAAGACUUUGUGUGUUAACAGAAAUUUCAGGCUUGAUAAUUCGGUAAAUGAAAUACUGUGUUUCUAAACUUCCUUUCUUAUGUUUUAGUUAUUGCUUCAGUGGCCAUUCUGUAUUCAUUUCAAAGUGCUAUUGAAAUAUCUGGUACGACUCGUUGUGUUGUAGAUGUGCAAGCUCAGAUGACGUCUGGUGAACGAAUUCUGGCUUACACUGAAAUUAAACCUGAAAAGGGACACGAGAUCAAUGAACAACCACCCAAAGAUUGGCCAGAGGCAGGGAAAAUAGAGUUCAAGAAUGUUUCGUUGCGAUAUUAUGAAAAUGGCCCUAAAGCUUUGAAAGAUUUAUCAUUUCAUAUAAAUCCUUCUGAAAAGAUUGGUGUUGCAGGAAGGACAGGUGCUGGUAAAUCUUCUCUGGUUGCAGCGCUCAUGAGAAUUGGCGAAACUGAAGGGGAUAUUAUUGUUGAUAAUGUGAAUAUUGAGUAUCUAAAUCUUCAAUCUACUCGUCAACGAAUUUCUGUGAUUUCCCAGUCGCCUGAUCUUUUUAGCGGUUCUAUCAGAGAGAACCUAAAUCCAACUGGUGGUAUAAAUGAUUCUGAAAUAUGGAAUGUAUUGGAUCAGAUGCAACUGAGUUUUCUUGUUCGAAGUUUACCAGGAAAGCUGGACCAUCUGUGCACUGGUGGCGGUACAAAUUUUAGCAUUGGUCAACGGCAAUUGUUUCGUUUAGCAAGAGUUUUAUUGAAAGAAAACAAAAUAAUAAUUUUUGAUGAAGCAACAGGCAAAGUAGACAAGAAAACAGCGGAACAAAUACAGAACGUUAUUCAUGAUGUACUUAAAGAUUGUACAGUAAUAAUAAUCUCGCAUCGUAUGACUACAAUUCAGAGAUGUGAGAAAAUUAUGGUGUUGGAACAAGGUUCCAUUGUUGAGUUUGAUAAACAACAUGUUUUGCUUAACAGGCAAAAAGGGUUCUUAUCAGAACUCGUGAGAAUAGCCAAUGAAGGCAAAAUGUACUGAAAUGGACAAAGCGCGUAGAUAUUUAAUCCAUUUAAUGCUUUAAACACUAUACGGAUAAUUUAUAUCCAUGAUAGUUUUAAACUCUGUAUAUUUAGGUCUCCAUAUAGUGAACAUGCAGACAUUCAACACUCCGUUUAGUGGAUAAUUAUAUAUUUUUAAGCCUCCAUAAUAAGAUUCACUGAAUAUUAUAUAAUAACGUUAAGAAUUCGAGCGCU